UUCAUAUAAAAUAUAAUAUUAAUAUUUCAAAUCAUAUUAUAAAAUUUACAAAUCAAAUUUAUUGUGUUAAAAGUAAUUUAUAUCUAUUAACCAUAAGCUAAACGUUGUAAUGGGAGAGAGUCAGUGGAAUGAUUGGAAACCUUUUAUCUAUGGGGGUUUAGCUUCGAUUGUUGCAGAAUUAGGUACUUUUCCUUUAGACACAACAAAAACACGUCUUCAAAUCCAAGGACAAAAAUUUGAUCAAAAAUAUGCGCAUCUAAAAUAUUCUGGUAUGACAGAUGCUUUAUUUCAAAUAUCACAACAAGAGGGUUUUAAAGCUCUAUAUUCUGGGAUUAGUUCAGCUAUUUUAAGGCAAGCUACUUAUGGAACUAUAAAAUUCGGUACCUAUUAUUCUUUAAAAAAAGCAGCUAUGGAUAAGUGGAAAACAGAUGAUUUAGUUGUUAUAAAUGUUAUAUGUGCUGCAUUAGCUGGUGCUAUUUCAAGUGCUAUAGCUAAUCCAACUGAUGUAGUUAAAGUUCGUAUGCAAGUAACUGGAAUUAACUCAAAUUUAACAUUGUUUGGUUGUUUUCAAGAUGUAUAUCAACAUGAAGGUAUUUGCGGUUUAUGGAGGGGUGUGGGACCUACUGCUCAAAGAGCAGCAAUUAUUGCAGCUGUAGAAUUGCCUAUAUAUGAUUACAGUAAAAAAAAGUUUAUGGUUCUAUUGGGAGAUAGUAUUAGUAAUCAUUUUGUGUCCAGUUUUAUAGCUAGUAUGGGAAGUGCAAUAGCUUCUACUCCAAUAGAUGUUGUGCGUACACGUUUAAUGAAUCAAAGAAGGAUACCUACCGCAAGUGGCAUGUUACCACCUCAUAUUUAUAAUGGUAGUAUAGAUUGCUUUGUACAGACUUUUAAAAAUGAAGGAUUUUUAGCCUUAUACAAGGGUUUUGUACCUACUUGGUUUAGAAUGGGACCAUGGAAUAUCAUAUUUUUUAUAACAUAUGAACAGUUGAAACAAUUGGAUGAUUCAAAUUUAUCAUUAAAUAAUGAAUUGGAUCACUCAAAUAAAUAGUAGUAAAUAGAAGAAAAUAAAUAAAACAAACAAGUAUGUGUAUAUGAAUAUAUGAAAAAUUAGUGAUAGUAAUAAUAGGUUACACAAUUAA